AGAAAAUCUGUUUUAAUUAAAUUUUAUUCUAAAUCUGUUAAAUUUAUGUCAAUUAAAGUAUAUCAAAAUUUGAAGGCUUGUUACUCUAUCUAAAAACCCUCACCCAGCUGAUUUUGAUGCCGACAGCAACCAAGACACAAUACCUGUCAGGCAUUUAAAUUUCAGCAGUCUAAAUCCAUUUAUUUUCUAGUGCAGAAACAUCAAUAUUUUAACUGUUUAUCUCUUCUCAUUUAAGUAAUUGAGAAAAAUUCAGUCAAACUAUGUUAGAUUUAACUACUAUUUUGUUUCAGAAAGAAUGACACAAGUUUGACCAUCGCGAAAAUGAUUGGCGCCCUGCAAGUUUUGCUGGCCAAGCUGAGGGGAUUGUUUUUGUGGGUCCUGGCUUUGUUUCGGAGGGCUUGCUGCUGUUUCCGAAGACGACGUAGGCUCUCACAGUCCGAAUCGCAUCCUCUUACUGCCAUCGGUGUCGUCCCAAACGAUCCUCAGGAAAAUGUGCAAGGAGGAUGGGACACCUGGGGCAAAGAGGAAGACGAGGUUACGAGGCAAAUAAGGGAAUACAGAACUUCACUGGCAACUGCUAGGCAGAAGCAGAAUGAACCUGAAGAACCUGAAGUACAGGCUGAUUACUUCCAGGAUAUGAUUCCGAGAGUCACUAAGGCCCCAAGGGUGAAAUUGAGCGCACAAGAGGAGCAAGUGGACGCCAGCAGGUCUUCACUAAUGUUUGCAGCGCAGCCCAUGCCCAUUGUGGGUGGUGAACUUGGAACGUGGGUUGAGGAAGAAGGUUGGGAAGCAGAAGACGCAGGCAAUUGGGAGGAAGAGGUACGGAGAGCACAGCGCGAAAAGCGUGCUCAGGAGCUGCAGAUGAAACGGGCUGAGCACAGGGGCGGCCUCGGAGAGAGGAUGAGCUGACCAGUGACCUGAAUUAAUCAAAUUUCCCGACCUUUUUGUUAGUUAAGAUGAUCUAUGUAAACGUGUGAUUAUUUGUUUUUACACCGUGUUUGAAGAGUCAAAAUAAAACUAAAAGUUAUAAACUAA